AGGAAACUAAGUGUCACCUCCGUGGGGACACCAAGACUGGCAACUGUGACCUGCCUGGGGACACCUGGACUGGUGAUUGUCACCCCCAUGGGGACACCGAUUGUCACCUCCAUGAGGAUGGCAGGACCAGCGAUUUUCAUCUCUUUGGGGACACUGAUUGUCACCUCCCUGGGGACACCGAUUGUCACCUCCCUUGAGGACCUCGAGUGUCACCUCCCUGGGGACACUGGGACUGGUGAUUGUCACCUCCUUGGGGACAACAGCCAGGACACCCCCAGGGACUCCAUGACCAUGUGUCACCUGUCUGGGGACACCCUCAGGGACACCGGGAGCAGCCACCCCAGGGACAGUGACUGUCACCCUUGGGGGACACAAAUGUCACCCCAGCUCCCGGUUGUACUAAAGACAUUGUGACUGUCACCCUCUGUCACCCGUGUGGGCUGUCCCAGAGGGAGGCGUGGCCAGGGCUGCCCCUCCCCCUGCACCCCAAAAUCUGCCCCACCCCCUCAGGGGUCCCCACGCUCCAAUUCGCGCGUUGCCCCUUUAAGAGCCCCCCCCACCUCCCCAAAGGGGGCGGGGUCUGUUCCUAAGCAGCUUCACUGUCACCAUGGCAACGGGGAGGGUGUGAUGUCACCAUGGGGGUUGUGUGGCGCUGCUGGCCACGCCCACCGCACGGGCAGCCCUGGGUGGGUGUGGCCAAGCUACCUUUUGACCACGCCCCUUUCUAAAUUGCCACGCCCCUUUGUAAUAACUGUGCUUAACUGCUAAUCCAUGCUAAUUAACCCUAAGCCACGCCCCCAGACAAGCCACACCCACCUCCCAUGGACAAGCCACGCCCUAUGACCACACCCAGCUGAGACCACGCCCCUUUAAUAACCCAGCUGAGACCACGCCCCCUUAUUAUGGAGUCACACCUGCGGCCCCACCCCUGCUCCAAACCCCGCCUUCUGAGCAUAAACCACGCCCCCAGAUAGCCACGCCCCCUCCUAAAGCCCCGCCCCCGCAGCCGGCGCGGUCGCAGCCGGGGCGGCCCCGCGGGGACCCGGGUUCGAGUCCGGGCCGGGCCGGGGUCGGGGCCGGGGGUCCUGGCGGGGGUCGCAGCCCCCUCCCGAGGCGGGGCCGGGCCCGGAGCCCCCUCCCGAGGCGGGGGGCGAUGGCGGGGCGAGCGGCGGCGCUGCUGGUGGCCGUGCUGGGCGCGGGGGCCGCGGGGCUGAGCCUGGAGCCGGUGGUUUGGCACACGGGGAACCGGCGGUUCCUGGCGGACGGCGGCUACGUGCUGUACCCUCAGAUCGGCGACCGGCUGGACCUGGUGUGCCCGGGGGGCGCGGGGGGGGCGCAGUACGAGUACUACAAGCUGUACCUGGUGGGGGGGGCGCAGGCGCGGCGCUGCCAGGUGCCCCCCGCCCCCACCCUGCUGCUCACCUGCGACCGCCCCCAGCGCGACGUGCGCUUCACCAUCAAGUUCCAGGAGUUCAGCCCCAACCUCUGGGGACACGAGUUCCGCCGCCAGCACGACUAUUACAUCAUCACCACCUCGGACGGGACCCCCGAGGGGCUGGAGAACCGCCAGGGCGGGGCCUGCCUGACCCGGGCCAUGCGCGUCACCCUGCGCGUGGGACAGCGCCCCGGGGCGGAGCCGCUGCCGGACCAGGACGGGACAGGUUCAGCCAAUCAGACGAGCCCGCCCGGGCCGGGCCCUCCCCCCUCGCGCGGGGGGGCGGUGCUGGGGGGCGCGGGGGGAGGGGCGGCGCUGCUGGCGCUGGUGGGGGCGGGGGGGGCCCUGUGGUGGCGGCGCCGCCCCCGGAGACCCCCAAAAACCCCACGGGGCGGGGGAGGGGCCGGGGCGCGGCCCCGCCCACACGGCCCCGCCCACCCCCUGCGCGAGCUGCCCCUCCCCCCCACCGCCCCUCCCCCCGCCUAUUACAAGGUAUGAGAUGGGGGGAGGGGCAGGACCCCAAAACAGGGGAGACCCCCCCAAAAAAGAUGGAAGGACACGCCCCGCCCUGAAGCUCCGCCCCCUUGGGGCAAAGAGGAAUGAAGGACCCAAAAAAGGAAGAAUUUGCCCCAGAAUGCGGCCGCAGGCGGGAAGGGGGAGGACCCCGGAUGCCGGUGGGCGGGGCUGAGCCGGGAGGCGUGGCCUGAACGGGGCGGGGUCGCUAAAAGGGCGUGGCCUAUCCAUAUAUGGUGCUGUCUGUGGGGCGUGGUUUACCAAAUAUGGGCGUGGCUUCACCUGGGGGAGGCGGAGCUUGUGCAGCUUUGAGGCGUCACCCCCGGAAAGGGGCGGGGCUUGUUCCUGCCGCCCCCAUUGGCCACGCUAAAAGCCCCGCCCACCGGAAGUGGCGGCAAAGGGGGCGGGGCUUUCCCCGCCCACCAACAUGGCCGCCGCCAAAGCGGAUGAACCGGAAGUGGCGUCAAAGUGAUGGAGGGCCGGGUUUCCUUUGUGACGUCACGCGUGGGGGC